AUGGAGCAACUUAACUCAGAGGAACUCCAUUCCCUCUUGGACAAUACCAUGACCAGAUCGGUCACCCAGGCUAUUUACUCCGCUAUGGGGACAAUGUCAGACACUAUAUCCCACUCCAUUACUAACGCCAUCAGGGCGUCUAACCGUAACCCUGACGUGACCCAACCUAAGGCCUGUGAGAAUAAGCCUAUAGCGUCGAGCGGCCGUAAAGCCACCGCAAAGACCCACCACGUGGGUGCGCAUGCCUCCAAAACUGAUUUUAUGGACAGGUUGCGUCCUGUCAGCAUUGAGGUCGUGGGGCCCCCACGAAAGAGAGCCACCCGCCGGGCAAAAAAGGCGCGGACAUGGAAAAGGGCAAUAGCCCUAUCAGACUCAUCUGACUUGGAUUCGGAUUCGGAGGAGUCCUUGAACAAGCCCAAUGACAUCGGCUCCACUGAAUCAGAGGUUUCCUCCACGGGCCACAGCCCGAAAG